AUGCUGAAGGUCUCCGGCCUCUUUGUUCUCUGUGGGCUGCUUGCUUCAUCCUCUGCUCAAGAAGUCCUGUCCCAGAUCACCAAUGCUUUGACCCAAGAACUUCUCAGUGAGGGCUUUCUUCCCAGCCUGCAGACAAUUGAACUCCAAAGCUCGUUGAAGAAUGUCUUCAGCCGCACAACAGACCUCCUGGACAUCAGUAGAGACAGCAAUUUUAGAAUACAGCUGAGAGACCCUGAACUCCUUCAGGUCUCCCUCCAGGACUCCCACAACAACGAGGCCGACUUACUGGUAGCAUUGUUAUUUUCUAUCCAAGUGAAGUUCCCAGCUCUUAAUUCCCUUCUAUUUCAAGUGCGGACAAAUAUGAAAGUCCAGCUUCAUUUGGAGAAGGAUGUAGAUGGCAGAUACCUACUCGCCUUUGGGCACUGCAGGCUCGUUCCAGAAAGUGUAUGGAUCGAACCUAGAAGUUUAAACACCCGGAUAUCCAAUUUUGUUGUGGGAAACGUGGAGAAAAUCCUGAAAAACCUGAUCAUCAAUAAUUUGGGAGCCAACGUAUGUCCCCUCAUUAAUUCAUGGCUCUAUAACCUGAACCCGCAGGUGGCUAAUGAGCUGAUUAAUCAAAAAUCCUGA